UUUAGCCAACUUAGGUCAUCACUCAUAUUUUCCAAAAGAUUUCUCAAUGGAGGAAAGCAUAGAGUACCAGAAAAAGAGUUGGAUUGCUUUGAAAAAGAGCAUAAAUGGUUUUCUAAACAAAAUCAAUAAAGCCAACAUAAAACACAUAGUUCCAGAAUUGUUUAGUGAGAAUUUAAUACGUGGUAGGGGUUUGUUUUGCAGAUCAAUUAUGAAAUCACAAUUAUGUUCUCCAGUUUUUACUGAUGUUUUUGCAGCUUUAGUUGCAAUUAUCAACACCAAAUUCCCACAAAUUGGUGAACUUUUGUGUAAAAGAAUGAUUCUACAACUACAAAAAGCUAACAACAAUAAAACUCAUACAUUAGCUACAGUUAAGUUCAUUGCUCAUCUUGUUAAUCAACAAGUUUUGCAUGAACUUAUAGCUCUUGAAUUGGUUACACUUUUACUUGAUAAACCAACAGCUGAUAGUGUUGAUGUUGCUGUUUGUUUUGUUAAGGAAUGUGGUUCUAUGCUUCAAGAUUUGUGUCCUUUAGGAUUACAUGGUAUUUUCGAGCGAUUUCGAGGUAUACUUCAUGAAGGAAAAAUUGAUAAAAGGGUUCAGUUUUUAAUUGAAGAUCUUUUUGCAUUAAGGAAACACAAGUUUCCACCUGCUGUAACUCCUGAACUUGACCUUGUUGAUCAAGAAGAUCAAUUAACACAUGAAAUAUCUCUUGGUGAUAAAGUUGACCCACAAAUCGAAUUGGAUAUUUUCAAUCCUGACCCCAAUUUCGUCGAAAACGAAAACAAGUAUGAAGAAUUACAGAAGAGGAUAUUAGGUGGUAGUGAUGAUCAAGAGGAGGAGGAAGAAGACGACAGUGAGGCUGAAGACGAAGAGGAAGAAGAAUCUGAUUGCCUGGGGAACCGUGCCACCCCCACACAACUAAGGAUUGAAGAUGAGACAGAGACAAACUUGAUCAAUCUACGAAGGACGAUUUACUUGACAAUUAUGUCGAGUGUUGAUUUUGAAGAAGCAGGGCAUAAGCUGAUGAAGAUGAAACUAGAGCCUGGUGAGGAGAUGGAGUUAUGCAUAAUGUUAUUGGAAUGCUGUAGUCAGGAAAGGACUUAUCUCAAAUACUAUGGACUUUUGGGACAGCGGUUAUGCAUGAUCAACAAACUUCACCAGAAGAAUUUCGAGGAAUCAUUCGUGCAGCAAUACUCGAUGAUCCACAGACUUGAAACUAAUAAACUGCGCAAUGUGGCUAAGUUUUUUGCUCAUUUACUUGGUACUGAUGCACUGCCUUGGCAUGUUUUGGCUUAUUUAAGAUUGACGGAAGAGGAUACUACUUCUUCGUCUCGUAUAUUCAUCAAAAUCCUGUUCCAGGAGUUGUCAGAGCAACUUGGCAUUCGUAUGUUGAAUGAGCGCCUUACUGACCCCGAUAUGCAAGAGUCGUUUGAGUCAAUAUUUCCAAAGGACAAUCCGAAAAAUACGAGGUUUGCUAUCAACUUCUUCACUUCAAUUGGUCUAGGUGGGAUAACUGAAAAUCUGCGAGAGUAUCUGAAGAACAUGCCAAGGCUUAUCUUGAAGCAAGACAAGCGUGUUUCGAGAUCAGGUGAAUCAGAUGGUGAAAGUGAUGAUCAUCAAAGGAAGAGGAGGAGGAGAAGUUAGCUAGUAGAUUGCUCUUAGUGUUGUAAGUCUUAACGUGUUCUAAUCUGACCAAAAGGUAGUUAGCAAAUUAGAAAAAUCUUUUCCUUUUGGGGUUCUAAGUUUUUUCUGUUUUUGGAGGUUAGGGUGCUUUUGGAUUCUUAUAUGUGUAUUGGCUGUUAAUGAGCAUUAGUACAACAAUGAUAAACAUGUAUUGAUCUAUUUCUUGUUCUAUUGAAUGUUUUGUUAUUUAAU